AUGAUGCUGCAGAUGGGGCUUCAGUACGGACAGAGUGUGCUGCAGGGCGGAGAGCAGAGCUUCAUGCGCCAUCUGCCUGUCAUAUCUGGCAUUCGCCGCUAUUUCCGCGUGGACAACCAGUACGUGAAGGGUAAGCUGGCCAUAUUGCUGUUCCCCUUCACCCGCAGGUUUCAAAGGGUGGCUCCAGUCUCCACUAGCGAUCACGAGGCGAGUGGAUUCUCCGCUCCUUAUGGCGGGGAUCCGUCGAUGAUGCCACCGGGGGUCGAGCGUUCGCCCACCUCGGCGACGGGUGGCAUGUACCCGGCGGCGCUGCCAACGAACGAUUUAUACGCGUUCGAUCUAUAUCUGCCUCUCAUGGGCGCUGUCACGUACGUCAUUCUCUCCGCAUUCCUGCAUGGACUGCACCAUAACAGCGUGACGAACGAGCACCUCUUGUCGUCUGCCUCCUCGCUGGUGUUCUGGCUCCUAUUUGAAGUUGUCUUGUUAAAGGUGGCAAGUUAUGUCCUUCGGCUUGUGCCGGACGUGAGUGUGUUGGACUUAGUCGCCCUGUGUGGCUACAAGUACAUCACGGUUUGUCUCAUUGUACUGAUAAGAGAAGUGGUGCAACUAGAGAGUGAUGCUUGGUACAUUGGCUUCUUCGUGAUGUAUGCGCUGAUUAGCAACGGCUUCUUUGUGGCCACGAUUUUGAUGCGGAUGCAUCAGCGUGAGGGACGGACUCCGUCGAACGCAAGACUGUUGGCGUACGGUGCCGCAUGCCUGCAGGUGCCGCUUGUGCUUUGGCUAGCCCUCAAACCAUUUCGAUAA